AGAGGAUAAUUGUUGGUUUCGGUGUAAUAUCACGUUAUAAUUUCACCGAGUGGGCACCAAAAGUGAUAUUUUCACGAGUGGCGCAGCCACGAGUGAAAAUAACAACUUUUGGUGUUCACGAGUGAAAUUACCGUGAUAUUACAUCGAUACCAACAAUUUUUCUGUUUAUUUUAUGUCUAAAACCCUACUUUUGUUGUGUUUAUUUCAAUAAAAUGUCGAAAUUUGCGGGAAAUUUUAUCAGGAAGCAUCGCAAAGAUGACGUCAUUUUAACGACGUCAUCGUCAUAUUGUUUUCGGCUUUCAGUACGCUCGGUAAACUUUUUGACGUUAAUCCGGGUAUCAGAUUUGAUAAUUUUCACUGAGUGGCCAGUGAAGUUUCGAGAAGCAUUCAGUUUGUUUGAUAAAGAUGGUGACGGUACAAUCACUGCGGAUGAAUUAGGAACGGUGAUGCGGUCGUUGGGACAGAGACCAACUGAAGAAGAACUUAAAAAGAUGAUGGCUGAAAUAGACGUAGACAAGAAUGGAACAAUAGACUUCCAGGAGUUCCUUACUAUGAUGGCAAGCCAAAAAAUAGACAGUGAAGAGGACGCAGAUCUCAAAGAAGCAUUCAGGGUUUUUGACAAACACAAGCACGGGGCAAUUGGUGAAGAUGAUCUAAGAAGCGUUAUGAGUGAUCUUGGAGAAAAACUAACUGACGAAGAGAUUGCAGAAAUGAUUAAAGAAGCUGAUGUUAAUGGUGAUGGACAAAUCAGUUUUGACGAGUUUGUUCAAAUGAUGCAAAAUAACACCAUCUAAAUUUGAGUGUUAUGAAUGAUUGGUACCACAGUGGGGAAUUGAUGUGACAAGAGUAGAGUCAACCGGUGAACAGACGCGUUUUCAUAGUACUAUCAGAUUCAACCAUGUUGAUUGUAUAUAUACGUAUAUACGGAUUUUGUGCUAAAUCAUCUUUCGUGCUGUAGUUGUUUUAAACAGUUUUCAUACUCCUUUCACUAUA